AUGCCUUCGGGAAGUGCCACACUCGGGCCUCUAGAAACGGGCUUCCAGGAGCCCAGAAAGUCAGCCGCUCCCUUUCUUUGCCACGACAGAAAAGAACUUCAGUGGGGCUUAGCCUUUCUUGCUGGGAUUCUAGCGGCAGCAGUGUUCAUGACGCUUGUCUUCCUUAUCAUCAGGUGCUGCAGGAAAUGUCACUCAAGACCCCAGGCUCUGGAUCCUCACUCAGGUUCUCUGGCCGAGUUUUCAUGCACCCCGGACAAGGCACUCACCUCUGCUGACACGGAUUUCAAAAUCCUGGAAGAAACGAGGGACCACUUCAGCGAAGACCACCCAGCAAACGCAAACUCGGUCGUCUACGCUCAGAUCCGAGUGACAGGCUCACCCUGAGUUUCCAGGAAGGCUUGGGUCCUGUUCCUCUCGCACCAGCUCCGUCUCCACAUGUCACGUUCCCUUCUUCGGCAUCGGGACCACCGUCUGGGUGGAACCGCAGCGGGGGCUGUUUGGGUGCGGCCUGGCCAUCCCAGCCUGCAGUUCUGUGACCCAGACCAGCCUUUUGCUUGGCCCGAGACAAGAUUGCCGGCCUCCCCACUUGGACUGACAGCUCGUGAGCCCCGCCGAGGCCAAGCCUGCCUCCCUUUGCCCCCUUCCAAAGUGCUCAGCACAGACGCCGUGCACCGAGAGCGUUCUCUCCGUGUCAUGGGUCAGCGUGGGGGGUGGCGACCAAAUGGACAAUCUAG